GGAGGAUGGAGAACUGGAAGAAGGGGAGCUGGAGGAUGAUGGAGGGGAAGACACACAGGAUCCCUCUGAAUCUCAAGAGAGAGGUCGGAAGGAAAAGGGGGAGAAGCAUCACAGCGAUUCAGAUGAUGAGAAAGCCCAUCGACGGAUGAAGCGCAAGCGUCGGAAAGAGAAAGAGAAGAGGAGAUCCAAGAAGAAAAGGAAAUCCAAACACAAGCGCCACGCUUCUUCCAGCGAUGACUUCUCUGAUUACAGUGAGGACUCGGACUUCAGUCCCGGUGAAAAGGGACACAGAAAAUACAGGGAAUACAGCCCUCCCUACUCUUCCUCCCACCAGCAGUAUCCGUCCUCUCACAAUGCUCCCAUGCAAAAGAAGAGCUACUCUAAAAUGGAGAGUAAAAAUUACGGCAUGUACGAGGACUACGAGAAUGAAGAGUACGGUCACUACGAGGGGGAGGAGGAUGAAGAUAUAGGGAAGGAAGAUUACGACGACUUUGCAAAAGAGCUGAAUCAAUACCGGCGAGCGAAGGAAGGCUCUCACCGGGGACGAGGUGGCCGUGGCCGAGGCAGAGGGUACCGAGGACGAGGAGGCAGAGGAGGAAUGAGAGGAGGCCGAGGCAUGGGCCGAGGAAACCGAGGGCGAGGCAGAGGUGACCACCCUGAGGAAGAGGAGGAGAUGUAUGACGAAGAGAUGGAAUAUUGCGAUAACGAGGAGCCCAUCAUCGAUGACGAAUAUGACGAUUACUCGAAAGAGCUGAAUCAGUAUCGCAGGAGUAAGGAGAAUCGUGGACGGGGUUUAAAUCGAGGACGUGGUCGUGGCCCCAGAGGAAGAGGAAAUAAAGGAAUGGGCAGAGGACGAGGCAGAGGCGGAAACAGAAGUGGCAUGGGGAAAGGUGGUGGAAUGAACGAGGACGACGAUUACUAUGACGAGGACAUGGGAGAUGGAGGAGGUGGUGGAAAUUACCGGCGGAACGACCACGAUAAACCCCACCAGCAGUCGGAUAAGAAAGGCAAAGUCAUCUGCAAAUACUUUGUGGAAGGCAGGUGUACCUGGGGCGACCACUGCAACUUCAGUCACGACAUCGAACUACCAAAGAAACGGGAGCUGUGCAAGUUCUACAUCACUGGCUACUGCGCCAGGGCUGAAAACUGCCCUUACAUGCAUGGCGACUUCCCUUGCAAGCUCUACCACACCACGGGCAACUGUAUCAACGGGGAUGACUGCAUGUUUUCUCACGAUCCGCUCACAGAGGAGACGCGGGAGCUUCUGGACAAGAUGCUGGCGGAUGAUGCGGAAGCGGGCGCGGAGGAUGAGAAAGAAGUCGAAGAACUAAAAAAACAGGGCAUUAAUCCUCUUCCCAAACCACCCCCUGGGGUCGGCUUGCUGCCCACGCCUCCUCGUCCUCCCGGACCGCCGGCUCCGACGUCUCCGAACGGAAGACCGAUCCCCGGAGGCCCUCCUCCUCCUCCGCCGCCACCGCUUCCACCGCCGGGGCCGCAGAUGCCGCCACCGAUGCACGAACCUCUGUCGCCGCAGCAGUUGCAGCAACAACAGGACAUGUACAAGAAAAUUCCCUCGCUCUUUGAGAUCGUCGUCCGACCGACCGGGCAGCUGGCGGAGAAGCUGGGCGUGAGGCACCCGGGUCCGCCUCCCCCCAGGUUCCCCGGGCCAGGAGGACCCCCAGGACCAAUGCCAGGACCCAUGCACCCCGAUAUGCACCUGGACAUGCACCCAGACAUGCACCCAGACAUGCACCCGGACAUGCACCCCGACAUGCACCCGGACAUGCAUCCGGAUAUGCACCCGGACAUGCCGAUGGGCCCGGGAAUGAAUCCCGGCCCUCCGAUGGGUCCCGGACCGCCUAUGAUGCCCUACGGACCGGAUGAUUCCCCCCAUUCCGGCAUGAUGCCGCCCGUUCCACCAGCGCAAGGUUUUUAUGAUAAUUUCUACCAGCAACAAGAAGGUCUGGAGAUGGAUCACGGAAUGAUGGGAGACCCAGAAGACUACGGUGGUUACGAGGAUAUGGAAGGACCUCCGGGAGAGCACAUGUUCCCUGAUCCGUCCUUGGAUCAUGAUGCCUUGUGUGAAGGAGGCCCUCCCGGCUUACCGAAACCGCCGGGCAGCAUCCCCGAUUUUAUGCCGUCGGCACAAAGAGCUCUUUAUUUGAGAAUCCAGCAGAAGCAGCAAGAGGAAGAGGAGAGAGCUCGGAGACUUGCCGAGAGCAAUAAGCAAGAACGCGAAAAUGAGGAAGGCGAUACCGGUAACUGGUAUUCCAGUGACGAAGAUGACGGUGGAAGUAGCGUCACCUCCAUAUUGAAAACCCUAAGGCAACAAAGCUCCGGCAGAUCUCACAUCCAACCCUCCCACGGAGAAAUCGGACCACCCUCCGGUGUGAGCGACCCUCGCCUGCAAAAAUCCCAAACAGGAGGAAGCGGUCGUCCUGCCGAUCCGCGGUUACGGGAUCCCAGGCUUUCCCGAAACGCGGACCUUUCCGUCCCGUCUCUUCCCGGGGAUUUGGGACCCACUGACCCCAGACUCGCACGACACAUUCCCUCCUCCGCCCCCAAACCAGAAGUUCCUCAUUCCAGCGUCGGCGGCGGUCCGAAACCUUCCCUGCUCCCCGACGAGGAGGAAGGGGAAAGAAUUCUACGGGAUAAACCGGUCAACAUCCCCGUCGAUGCUCUCCCGGGCCAUUCCCUGCGGGAUCCUCGCUCCCAACUGCAGCAAUUCAGCCACAUCAAAAAAGACGUCGUCCUCAACAAACCCAACUUUGCCCGGAUGAUCCUGUGGAGCCCAGAGGAUCUGAUUCCGUUACCGAUCCCAAAGCAAGAGUUUAUUCCCGUUCCGGCAGCUCUUCAAUCCAUGCCUACCCUCGAUCCGCGUCUUAACAGACCCCAAACGGGUCUUUCCGAUCCCAGGCAGAGGGGGGGAACGGGAGACGCCGGUUCUUCUUCGGGUACCGGUCUCCCCGAUUUCGAGCUCCUGUCGAGGAUUUUAAAGACUGUGAACGCGGCCGGCAGUCCAUCUUCCAGCCAGAGCGACAAACCCAGCGACCCUCGGAUGCGGAAAGCCCCCGCCGAUCCCAGAUUACAAAAAUCUACAGAAACGGGAAUUUCUCGAGUUCCUAAAACCUCAGAUCCGGCAUCUGCCGGCGAUACCGCCCCGGCUAUCGCUCCCUACGACCCUCGGCUGCUGACGGCAGGCGGGUUGAGCAAAGGCAGCGGGCAAAGCAGCGUUCUGAGCGCCAUCAGUUUGUACGAUCCCAGGACUCCGAGCUCGGGCAGCAAAGCUUCCGAGUCUCCUAACGAAGCUAACUCGUCCUCUAAAUCCUCAGAUUCCGUCAAAACCACCGGCAAAACCAAGGAACCCCUUUUCGUUCGACGUUCGGCGUUGGAUCAACCCGAAUCGGAAAAAUCGAACGUCGAAUCCGCUACGGACAGGUACAAUAGUUACAACCGACCUCGUCCCAAAACCGCCGUCGUUCCCCCUGUCCAAGAAACGACCCCCCAACCCGGGGUACACAAUCUUCCGGUUCCUUCGGUUUACGGUAUGGUUAAACAAAGCGCCAAAUCCGGAUCGGGAAGUCCUUUCGCGGGAAACAGUCCGGCGCAGGACAGCGAACAGCAAGACGCCGCUUCCCUUAAAGAUGUCUUCAAGGGUUUCGAUCCCACGGCUUCCCCUUUCU